UGGGAUGAGCAAUCCGAGUUCCCGGAUGAGGGAACAUUCUGCAGUAUAAAGGGAGCGGGGAAGGCGGGAGACAGCGCAGUUUGAAUCGCGGUGCGACGAAGGAGUAGGCGGCGGGCUCUCGCUGGGUGUCUGACUAGUCCUUUCUCUGCCCUGCUUGUUUGAGCUUCAGCAGAAUUCGAAAUGGCUGGCGGUAAGGCUGGGAAGGACUCCGGAAAGGCCAAGACAAAGGCGGUUUCCCGCUCGCAGAGAGCCGGUUUGCAGUUCCCGGUGGGUCGUAUCCAUCGACAUCUGAAAUCUAGGACGACCAGCCAUGGACGUGUGGGCGCUACUGCCGCUGUGUACAGCGCAGCCAUCCUGGAGUACCUCACCGCAGAGGUACUUGAAUUGGCAGGAAAUGCAUCAAAAGACUUGAAGGUAAAGCGUAUUACCCCUCGUCACUUGCAACUUGCUAUUCGUGGAGAUGAAGAAUUGGACUCUCUCAUCAAGGCUACAAUUGCUGGUGGUGGUGUUAUUCCACACAUCCACAAAUCUCUGAUUGGGAAGAAAGGACAACAGAAGACUGUCUAAAGGAUGCCUGGAUUCCUUAUUAUCUCAGGACUCUAAAUAAAUACUCUAACAGCUGUCCAGUGUUGGUGAUUCCAGUGGACUGUAUCUCUGUGAAAAACACAAUUUUGCCUUUUUGUAAUUCUAUUUGAGCAAGUUGGAAGUUUAAUUAGCUUUCCAACCAACCAAAUUUCUGCAUUUGAGUCUUAACCAUAUUUAAGUGUUACUGUGGCUUCAAAGAAGCUAUUGAUUCUGAAGUAGUGGGUUUUGAUUGAGUUGACUGUUUUUUAAAAACUGUUUGGAUUUUAAUUGUGAUGCAGAAGUUAUAGUAACAAACAUUUGGUUUUUGUACAGACAUUAUUUCCACUCCGGUGGAUAAGCUCAAUAAAGGUCAUAUCCCAAACAA